GAAGACAAUGUUUUCACUGCUGUUGAAAGGGCUCUGAUAUAACAAAGAUGCUUGUUGUUUUGCUAAGCUAGAGCCCCAAGUCUCCUCCCAUAUGUGGAUAAUAAUGACAAAUGUAUUAUGGAGCUGAUGUCUUUAAAGGGAUAAUGUCUGUUUUGAGUACUGAAUUAUCUAGUCCAUGUUUCUCAUUUAUUUAAUAUUUUUCUUGACGUUCUGACGUUUACUCUGAAGGACUCCGGACCUCCUACCACACGCCUGCCCUCCCUCCCUCUCAGCUGCAGCUCGGCUUAAAUCUGAUAGCUCCGGUUUCACUUGUCAUUUGUUUCCCACUAGUCUGGUUACACUGGAUUUUAGUUCUGUGUACAAAUUUCUACCUUCUGCCUGUUACCUAUUUUGUAAAAGAGUUUAUUUUGGAGCGUCUGUGGAUGUCAGCUGCUACGAGGUCUUGUCAUAAUCUCCCAACUUUACACAAAACUGGACAUUCUUGAAAAGUAGGGGGCACUUGAAGGACGUGGAAAAAGGCACACAGAGUGAAAAAAGACAGUUAUACACCUGUGUAGCAGCAACAAACUCGAUUAAUUAUGAGGAGCAGGAGUAACUCCGGAGUUAGGCUGGAUGGCUAUGCCAGGCUUGUGCAGCAAACCAUUUUAUGCCAUCAGAAUCCAGUUACAGGGUUACUGCCAGCCAGCCAAGACCAGAAGGAUGCUUGGGUACGGGACAAUGUUUACUGCAUCUUAUCCGUCUGGGCUGUUGGGAUGGCAUAUCGAAAGAAUGCUGACCGUGAUGAAGAUAAAGCCAAAGCAUACGAGUUGGAACAGAGCGUUGUGAAACUAAUGAGAGGAUUGCUACAGUGUAUGAUGAGACAGGUGGAUAAAGUAGAAAAAUUUAAACACACACAGAGUACAAGAGACAGUCUUCAUGCCAAAUACAAUACUGCAACAUGCAGCACGGUUGUGGGCGAUGAUCAGUGGGGCCAUCUACAGGUUGAUGCUACGUCCUUGUAUCUCCUUUUCCUAGCACAAAUGACUGCCUCAGGUUUACGCAUUGUGUUUACGCUGGAUGAAGUUGCUUUCAUUCAGAACCUCGUAUUUUACAUAGAAGCAGCAUACAAAGUCGCUGACUAUGGAAUGUGGGAACGUGGGGACAAGACAAAUCAGGGUAUUGCAGAACUGAAUGCAAGCUCCGUGGGAAUGGCCAAAGCUGCCCUUGACGCCAUAGAUGAAUUAGAUCUAUUUGGUGCCCAUGGAGGACCAAAGUCUGUGAUUCAUGUUCUUCCAGAUGAAGUAGAACAUUGCCAGUCUAUUAUUUCCUCCAUGCUGCCAAGAGCAUCAACAUCAAAAGAGAUUGAUGCUGGACUCCUGUCUGUUAUAUCUUACCCUGCCUUUGCAGUCGAAGACAUGAACCUUGUGAAUUUAACAAAAAAUGAGAUACUCUCAAAACUCCAAGGGCGCUAUGGCUGUUGUCGAUUUUUGAGGGAUGGUUAUAAGACACCAAAAGAGGACACUAGCAGAUUGUACUAUGAUCCUGCUGAGCUUAAACUAUUUGAAAAUAUCGAAUGUGAAUGGCCAGUGUUCUGGACCUACCUUAUUAUAGAUGGGAUAUUCUAUGGUGAUGAAGUGCAGGUACAAGAAUACAGAGAAGCUCUUGAUGGAAUUUUAAUAAGAGGGAAACAUGGGAUCCGACUUGUCCCGGAGUUGUAUGCUGUCCCACAUGAUAAGUGUGAUGAAGAGUACAGGAACCCUCAUACAGUGGACCGUGUUGCAGCAGGAAAACUCCCUCAUAUGUGGGGACAGUCACUGUAUAUAUUGGGAUGUCUUCUAGCAGAGGGAUUUUUAGCACCAGGUGAAAUUGAUCCAUUGAAUAGAAGAUUUGCAACAGCUCACAAACCUGAUGUGGUUGUUCAAGUGUCCCCAGUGGCAGAAAAUAUGAAAAUCAAGAAGAUCUUGCAGAAACAUGAUAUUAACGUUGACACCAUCAGUGAAGUUUAUCCUAUCCGAGUACUGCCCUCGCGUAUCCUGAGUCACAUAUAUGCAAAACUUGGGCAAAAUAAGAAUUUGAAACUGAGUGGUCGACCAUUUCGCCACAUUGGUGUUUUGGGUACUUCUAAACUGUACAAGAUAAGGAAUCAAAUUUUUACAUUUACUCCUCAAAUUGUUGAGCAGUACCACUUCUACUUGGCAUUGGACAACGGUAUGAUUGUGGAAAUGCUCAGAACAGAACUUGCUUACCUCAUCUCCUGCUGGAGGAAGACUGGGAGACCAACCCUCACAUUACCCAUCACCACCAGCAUGCUCACGGAGGAUGGCACUGACAUCGACCCAGCGAUUAUGUCCACUUUAAGAAAAGUGCGCGAUGGUUAUUUUGCUGGAGCCAGGGUACAAAUGGGAAAACUGUCAGAGUUCCUUACUACAUCAUGCUAUACCCAUCUUAGUUUUCUGGAUCCAGGAUGUGAUGGAGGCCUGCUUGAUGAUGAGGAUGAUGAUCGCUACAGUCCUGACAGUGAACGUGAAUAUAAUGACACUCCGCAUGACUCCACUAAUGAAGCAGGCAACAAUCUGGAUGACCUUGACAGUUACAUAAACCAACUGCUUCGCAAUUCCACCAUUAAGACUCAUCUGCCAUCAACUAAGGAGAAGUGCAAAAAGCACCAUCCCUUGACGACUAUGCAUUCCACACGGAACAUUUUCUCAUUGGUGGCAAAAGCAAAAGGCAUUGAUGCUCCAAAUGUUUCCAUGUGCUUGCCAAUGAAGAUCCUCACUGGACAUCGAAAGUCUUUAAAUCUGGUAGAAGCCCCACAACCACAUGAUGUGAAGGCUCCUGAAAGAGAAUUCUACUUGCCUAAAGAUGAAAAUGGUGUACUGGACAGUGAACAAUUAGUUAAACAGCUAAAAACGUGUGCUACCUUGCAAGAGCAGGCUGAUAUACUGUACAUAUUAUAUAUGAUAAAUGGUCCAGACUGGGAUACGAACUUUGAUGGUCAAAGUACAACAGUUCGGAGUCUGCUUAUGGAACUGUAUGGCAAGGCAGGCAUGUGCCAAGAAUGGGGGUUAAUUCGACACAUCUCUGGCUUGCUGAAGAAAAAGGUUGAAGUCUUAGCUGAGGCAUGCACAGAUCUUCUUUCCCAUCAGAAACAGCUCACAGUGGGACUUCCUCCUGAACCUCGUGAAAGGACCAUUCUAGCCCCUUUGCCACCUGAAGAACUGAUCAAGCUUAUUUAUGAAGCCAGCGGAGAUGAUAUCAGUGUUGCUGUGCUGACACAGGAAAUCAUUGUUUAUCUUGCUAUGUAUGUUCGCUCACAUCCAUCACUCUUUGAAGAAAUGCUGAGGUUACGAAUUGGGCUCAUCAUUCAAGUGAUGGCUACAGAACUGGCACGGAGUCUGAACUGUUCAGGUGAAGAAGCCUCUGAAAGCUUGAUGAAUCUCAGCCCUUCUGAUAUGAAGAAACUUCUCCAUCACAUAUUAAGUGGCAAAGAAUUUGGCGUAGAAAGAAGCAUGCGUCCUGUUGAAUCAUCUGCUACUAGCCCUGCUAUUUCAAUACAUGAAGUAGGACACACAGGUGCAACCAAAAAUGAACGGACAGGCAUAAGUAGGCUGAAGACCGAAAUGAAACAGAUGGAAAGAAGGCGUAGUGUUGAUGAACAGUCCUUUUUCAGUGGUCAUUCUACUGGCAGCAGUGGUAUCCUGUCUCCCAGGGCUAUGAGAAGCAGCAGUCCUUCUUCUCCAUCUGGUACAAUGUCUCCUACGGGUUCUGUUGGACUUCAUAUGGGCUGGGAUGAGCGCCAAGGUCAGUGGCUGCGCAGGAGACGUCUUGAUGGAGCCAUCAACCGAGUUCCUGUGGGAUUUUACCAGAAAGUCUGGAAAAUCUUACAAAAGUGUCAUGGUCUUUCAAUAGCUGGGUAUGUCCUUCCUUCCUCGACCACAAAAGAGAUGACAGCUGGUGAAAUUAAGUUUGCUCUACAUGUGGAAUCUGUACUGAACCAUGUGCCACAGCCAGAGUAUCGUCAACUGCUUGUUGAAGCAAUACUUGUCCUCACAAUACUAGCCGAUAUGGAAGUUAACAGUAUUGGGGGAAUAAUUCAUGUAGAGCGUAUAGUAGACAUGGCAAAUGAUAUGUUUCUGCAGGAUCAGAAAGCAUUUGGAGGAAGUGAGUGCUUUUUUGAAAAAGAUCCAGCAACUGGAAUUUGCAACUUCUUCUAUGACAGUGCACCAAGUGGCAGUUAUGGCACUAUGACUUACCUGUCCAAAGCAAUUGCUACCUACAUACAGGACUCCUUACCGAACUCUGGCUGUCUUAUGCAGUAAAAAUACAGCUGAGACAAUAGUAAAAACUGAAGGAUUCGUACAAACAACCUUAGCAAUGUUACUUACUGAAUUUGCACAACUUAUGCUGCUUAUAGGAAGAAGAAAAACUAGUACCUAGCCUCUUUCUCCUUCUGGUCAGUUCAUUUGGAGUGUCUGUCACCCUUAUUACCUACAGUAUAAUUUAUUUGUUCAGUCUGAGUUUUUUUUUUUUUGGAACAAUGCUUUGUAGAAACAGCUUUUUGCACAGUAGCUUAACAUUAAGAUAGCUUGAUUCCUACGACUGAACCUUCAUUCUUCUUUUACUAGACAUUUCAGUAUAGUCUGGACUGCACUUAAUUUGUUAAGACUCUAGCCUGUUGACUUUGAUGUUCCAGAACUCUGGCAAUAUUAUUAUUUAUUUAUUUUUAUUUUUUAUUUAACAAACACAGUAGCACAAUUCGAGAGAUUUUACUGUAAUGGCACCCUGUGAUGUCAUGCAUGUGUGGCCUGUUACCUCAUUGACUGUUUUACUAUAGUUUACCGGAUGUUUCUGUUAAACCUUACUGUUGCUGAAUUUUAGUUUGCAUUUGUUUUUGUUAUCUGUUGUUGAAUUAUCUCACUGGGAAAUCAGGAAAUGAACCUACAAAAGCUUGUUUGUUAACUGUGGUAGACAGUAUAACAAAAUUAUAAUUAUAUUAGCCCAGACUUUCCUCUCUGAGAAACUAAAUGGAUUUAUAACACAAUGUCAUUACUAUGGCAUUUGUACUUAUUAUAAGUAGUUAUAUUACCUGUAGAUAAAUUAGCUGUAUUAGCUGCAGAACUUUAGUAUGAAAGGUUUUGCCCUUGUUUACUAUGAAAGGUUCUGCCCUUGUUUGCUGGCUGCAACAUUAAUAUUUGGGUACUUAAAAUGCAGGAAGGUGUGAUUUAACACUUUACUGAUGUGCUGUCACUUUACUUAAAACUUGCACUAGGAUUAAGUUAACCAGUCUUUCUGUGCCCUGAUUCUCCAGACCAUAAUUUCUAAUAUGUAGUCAAUUUACACUGUUGCUUAUAAUAACACAGUGUAGUCCUGAAUGUAACAGAGAGGUAUAAAAUGGUACUGCAAAGUGAAACAUUCUGGACAUAAGCCAGGGAGAAGGUAGUAUUUGUUGUUAACUGUUGUCAUACAGAAAAUGCUAUAAACACACUGGCUGGUAAGAAUAUGAGACAGACUUGGGAAAUAUAAAUGAAAUGUUUUAGUACAGUGGUUAGAAAGAGAAAGGACAUCUUAGUAUUCCUGCUGGCAUGCAUCAGAUGCAAGUAGAAUAUUUUAACACUGUAUGCAGUAUGAAACCUGGAGAAAAUCUAUCAGAGUAAUAAGCUAAUGUUCCACUAAGAUAUAGUGUGUAACAUUUAUAAUGAAAAAGGUGCAAUCCAUUGCUCAUUUCUGACUGUAAGACUGGCCCCAUGUACCUAGUAUUUUUUCCCCUUCUUGUUUUCCUGUUUAUCUUUAUUAACAACUGCACUUGCCAAUGCACAUUCCACUGUCAGCACAUAUUUCAUAUCUAAUUCACCCCUCUCCCACCUUUUUAUUUCUUAAAGGCUCCCUAUUGAAAUGUUGCCACUCGAAAUGCUGAGUGCUGGAAAGCUGGAAAAAAAAAGACCAACAACACAGGAGAAUAGUGAAUCUCAAAAAUUGUUCUUCACCUUAAAACUUCUUUUUUGGGAGCAAGCCCUGCUGCACUCCCCCACACACCUUGAACUUGUGUGUGUGUGUGUGUGUGUGUGUGUGUGUGUGUGUAUGUAUGUGUAUAUAUAUAU